AUGUGUUACUUCGCGUCAACCUGGAGCUUGCUGAUCCCCACGUCAUGCAUUCACUUCAUCGUCGAAAAGUCCCCAGAGGUUGUGCCUAACGACAAGCGACCGGUCAUCCAAGGCUUUUCAGGCAUCGUAGCUGGUGCUGCGUCUCUUCUUGGCCCUGUGAUUCAAGGUGUCUUUAUCGAACGAGAGCUUGGGGGCGCCCUUGAGGGAUGGCGAGUCGGAUUCUAUCUCUCGGCAGCCUUUUAUGCUACCUCGUUUGUGCUCCUGGCUAUGUUUUACCACCCAGUUUCUCGCCCGAACGAAGCAGGGGAAUCCAUUACAACUAGAGUCAUGCACAUCGACUGGUUCGGCAUCUUUCUGGUUGCUGCAGGACUUGUUCUGUUCUUGGUCGGCCUUCAAUAUGGCGGUAAUCCGUAUUCAUGGACAUCAGCUAUGGUGCUUUCCACCCUUAUUGUUGGAGCUGUGCUCCUAGUCGUCUUUGGAGUAUGGGAGUGGAAAGGCACAACCACAGGACUAUUCGUUCAUGAUCUUUUCAAUCACCGAAACUUUACUCUGGGUCUUGUUCUCAAUUUUGUCAGUGGUAUUGUUCUCUUUGGCGGUCAGGCGUAUCUUCCGCAGGAGAUUGCUGCCCUCUUCACAACAGACGCCAUCAUGGCGGGAGUACACAACAUACCCUUCAACUCCAUGUCUAUCGUCGGCGGAUUCGGCGGUGGUAUCAUCAUGGGAAUCACCAAAGAGGCCAAGAGUCUAGUCGUGGGAUCCUUUGUCCUUUUGUUGAUUGGGAGCGGAUUGAUGGCCGUCAUGGAACCCCAUAUCAACUUCGCCGCUUGGUUCUUCCCGACUGCUCUACUUGGAUGUGGGGUUGGAGCGCAAGCUGCCAUUAUUACGGUCGUCAUUAGCCUCUGUACUCCGAACAAAUUCAUCGCCACCGCUCUGACGCUUGGCGCGUCGGUGCGAGCCCUUGGAGGAAGCAUCGGAAUUGUUAUUUUUGGCCAAAUCUUCAACUCCAAGGUCACUGAUACGUUGUAUCCGAAGCUCGGCAGGGCUGUUGCUGCUGCAGGAUUGCCAACGGACCAGGUUGAGACAUUCUUGACGAUGGUUGCUUCAGGACAAACCGACGCACUGAAAAGCAUUCCAGGCGUGACAGGCAAGGUUCUUGAAGUGUUCCAAUCUACAUACGUGUCUGGCCUUGCUGAUUGUUACCGAUUCAUUUGGUAUGCCAUUACCCCAUUCUCGGCAGUCACUUUGAUUAUGUCGUUUUUCCUCCUCAGCACCAAGGCCCAGAUGACACGCCAGGUUGCUGCAGGUGUUGAGCGGUAG